AUGAAUCGUGAGGGGAGCAUCGUGGGUUUAAUCCCAGCGGGAUGUUUCCUGCCUUUAGCUUUGCUGCGGAUACUGCGACUUCGCAAGGCGCAUCCACAGGUGGCAUCCUCAUGUUUAUAUUCCAGCAAACUGGUGAUCGCAUACACUUUGGCCUUCCUUAAAUUCAUUGCUUUAGCAUUUGCGGUUUCUAAGCAAUCUUCGACAGACAAAUCCCUCUUGUUUAUUGUUUCUGGCUAUGGGAAUAUGUUAACCUCAGACCGCGUACUACCACCUGUGCACGAGGGAUUAGGAUCGAGAAUGCUCUCCGAGAAUUUUGCUGUUGCGUGGGACAAUAGUGACCACGAUCAUAGGCUCGCUUUGUUUCUUGCACUCAUCAAGUGUAUACGGUGGGAGAUUGCUAAAGUAGCAGUUCCCCGGCUAUGUCUAUUGAUAUUCAACAUGGCACAGCCAUUUCUGCUCAGCCGGGUGGUGGUAUACUUUGGGCCAACAGACUCAGGUCUGUCUCAAAACACCGGAGGAGACCUGAUACGUGACUUUAUCAUCGUUCUUAUCGGGACCGCAAUCUCAACUACAACUUACGAGCACUUGGGUUAUCGCGCCAUGGCAAUGCUUCGUUCUGGGACGACUGCCCUUAUAUACCGUACAAUGAUGUGGUUGCGUAUAGACAAUGCUCGCACAUCCGACGCAAUUUCCUUGGUAGGUUCAGAUAUUGACUCAGUUGCAGAGUUCUUCCGCCGUACGAUUUGCGAUACUUGGGCAAAUGCCUUACAGCUGGGCCUAGCUAUUUGGCUUUUAGCAGACCAAAUUGGAGCUAUCUGCAUCGCCCCUAUCAUUGUUACUAUAAUAUUUACCUCCAUAUCCUUAUACAUAGAAGGCUCAGUAUCACGUCAUCAGAAACUAUGGCUCGAAGCCUCUCAAAAGCGCGUUGACUUUACCACAAAAGUGUUAGAGUCUGUUAAGUCGAUAAAGAUGCUCGGACUUAUAGAAGGCAUGGUCCAUAUGAUUGAAGAACUUCGUACAGAAGAGAUUGAGAUUUCAAAGAGAUUUCAGAAAAUCCAAGCAGCCAAGGCGUCCUUUGUUAAUAUACUGCCGAUAGUGGGUCAAUUAUCUGCUUUUGCUGCAUGUGCUAUCGUCGCUAGAUUGGAAGGGUCUAGUGCUUUUUCAGUAUCACAAGCCAUCGCUUCCUUGUCCCUAAUAAACCUGUUGCUCACUCCGCUUCGUGAUUUGCUAUUUGCUAUCCCCGACGCUUUUCUUUCUAUUGAAUGUCUUGACCGAGUCCAGAAUUUCUUGACUCAGGAACCUCAAAAUGACAAGAGAAUGAUCGGAAUGACAUCUUCCGGACUAACAACAUCAACGCAGUCAUCGGUUCCCCUACCGAUAGAUCCAGAAAAUGCCUCGCCGAGACUGAGAACUGCAGUUCUAGAACUGGAUAAUGUUAUGUUUGGGACCGGGCGGGACCAAUCAAAACAUAUUGGGAGGCUGACGCUGAGACUAUCAACACCCUCACUCACUAUGAUAGUAGGCCCCAUGGGCUGUGGCAAAUCGAUGUUGUUAAAGACCCUCCUUGGUGAGAUUGAGCCAGUUGAAGGUGACAUCUUCAUCAGUGACCCGGACGUUGCGUACUGCGACCAGUCACCGUGGAUUUUCAAUAGCUCUAUCAAGGAAAAUAUUAUAGGAGAAUCCCACUUUUACGAUGGAGAGUGGUAUCGUUCGAUAAUCAACGCAUGUUGCCUGGAUAAAGAUUUACGGGCAUUUCCCGCAGGCCAUGACACAUUGAUUGGUAGUCAGGGUACCAGACUCAGUCGUGGGCAAAUGCAAAGAAUAGCCAUCGCUCGCGCAGUCUAUGCACGGAAGCCCUUGGCAAUUUUUGAUGAUGUCCUCAGCGGCUUUGACCCAGUCACUGAGCGGAAAGUGUUCGACCGCGUCUUCAGUGAAAGGGGCAUUCUCCGGCAGAUUGGUUGUAUUGUUUUACUCGCUUCUCGUAGUGUACAUAACCUGCCUGAAACUGAUUUUGUUAUCGCAUUAGGCGCAGAUGGCCUUGAAAUGGGCACUUUCCGGGAGCUUCGGUCUGCUAAGGGGUACAUCUCAAAGUUAGAUCUUUCAAAAGGACCCCAGAAUAGCUGCAAAGAAAGCAUUGAAACGGACAAAACAGCUAUGAAAAGAAGGACGAAACGAAGCGGUGCAAACAUGGAAGACCAAAACCGAGAGAUAAAUGACCUAGCGAUCUGCAAAUACUAUGCAGCAGCUACUGGGUGGCCAAAGAUGGCUCUUUUACUUGGAAUUCUCGCUAUGGAAUCACUCUUUGGUGUUUUGCGGUAUGUCUGGGUCCCUCUGUGGUCCGAAAUAGAAGACAGCAUAUCAAACUCGAGACUAGGGUUUUGGCUCGGAAUAUACGCCUCAAUUGGUUUUACUGAGGCAGCUGGGUUGAUACUAGCGAUAGUUUGGAUGUGGAUUGUGAUUCUGCAGGCUACGUCGAAGACCCUCCACGGGGUUAUUUUACAAGCAGUCGCGAUGACUCCGAUAUCCUUUCUUUCUCAUAUUGAGAUGGGCGAUCUUGUGAAAAGAUUUAGUGAGGACAUGGAAUUGAUUGAUAAGGUUCUCCCAUGUGGCGUUAUUUUGUCAGGAUUUGAGGUUUUCGCAGCCAUCGCCCAAGCGGCCGUCGCGAUAGCAGCCGUGCCUUAUAUCGCUGUGGCAAUGCCCUUUCUACUUGUCAUACUGAUCUUCAUUCAUCGUGUGUUUUCUCGGACAUCGCACCAAUUAUGCCUGCUCGAAACCAAAACCGAGGCUUCCUUAGUCUUACAUUUCAUAGACUCUUUCAAUGGCCUCGUUACGAUUCGUAGUUUUGGAUGGACCCCAUCGAUGAGCGAGACGACGUACUACUUGCUCGACACAGCGCAGCGGCCGUACUAUCACCUUAUAUGCAUUCAGCGGUGGCUUGUGCUUGCCAUCAACUUGAUUGUAGCCGCAUUGGUUGUGCUGUUGAUGGGGCUGGCCAUUACGCUUGAGCUACAGGUCGAACCUGGAUUGCUUGGUGCUGGAUUGCUAAUGAUGGCGAUGCUUGGGCAGAGCCUUUCAGGUCUCAUCCUGAGAUGGACUUCUAUCGCGCCAUCACUUGAGGCCAUCGCACGGAUCAAGCAUUUUGUUGAGGAUACACCGAAGGAAUUGAAGCACAGCCAUGCUAUAGAUACCGAAUACGAUUGGCCAGCACUAGGAGCCAUCGAAUUCAAAGACGUAUGCGUCAGGCAAGAGUCCACAUUCAAUCUGGCACUACGAAACAUCACGUUCACUCUUCAACCUGGACAGAAGCUGGGAUUAUGUGGACGAACUGGAGGGCAAGUACUAUUCCUGAUCGCUUGUGAACCAUUGACAUCCGGCCAAAUCCUCAUCGACAGCCAAGACAUCUCAACAUUGCCACCAUCUCUGGUCCGCAAAAGGAUAAACUACCUGACCCGGGAGCCUUUCCUGAUUCCCGCUUCUGUUAGACAAAAUCUGGACCCACUUGGCGACAAAUGCGAUGGUGAAAUCAUUAUCGCACUUGAGCGUGCCAAACUCUGGGGGGUUCUGGUGGAAAUAUCUCUCACGAACAAUUUUCCGGACUGCAACCCUCUGGAUAUUAUCGUCGACGACAGCUUUCUAUCGUAUGGUCAGCGGCAGCUUCUGUGCCUUGCACGGAUCCUGCUGAAGGAGAGUACGAUAUUGCUCCUGGAUGAGCCUGCUAGCAACCUCGAUCCCGAAGCAGAUUCAGAGAUCCAGGAUGUCCUCCAAUCGGAGUUCAGCUCUUGUACAAUCAUCAUGAUCGCCGAUAAACUUCAGGCAAUCCGGGACUUUGACUACGUGGCUGUGAUUGACGAGGGUCAACUUGUAGAAUUGGGGAACCCGCAGACUUUGUUGUCGGAGGACCAAAGUACUUUUCGGGAAUUGUAUUUGGCAGAAACACGUCGAUCAAGAAAGACCAGGAGAGUCGUCUGA